AUGUCGCACCCCCACUCCUCAAGCACGACGACCAUGGACGCCGCCGACAUGCGCAUGGUCUUCUUCAACGCCGCAAACACCCCCCUCUUCUCCACGCAAUGGACACCCACAACAACUGGCCAAUACGCCGGCACCUGCAUCUUCCUCAUCAUCCUCUCGGUCGUCUACCGCGCCUCCUUUGCGGUGAAACAUCUGCUCGAGAAGCGGUGGUCAGAGCAGGCGUAUAGAAGGCGAUAUGUGGUUGUCGCGGACAAGAUGCCGGAAGCGGAGAGGGUGCGCACGAGCGACGACAGUAAGCUGGCGGUGCUGAGUGCGAAUGGCGUCGAGGAGAAUGUAAGGAUGGUGCAUGCGCCGGUUCACGCUGUGCAGCCGUGGCGGUUCAGCGUCGAUCUGCCGAGGGCGCUGCUGGUUACGGUGAUGGUUGGCGUUGGGUAUUUGCUCAUGCUGGCAGUCAUGACGCUCAAUGUGGGCUACUUCCUGUCGGUCCUGGCAGGCACUUUCGUUGGAGAACUCGCCGUGGGUAGGUACAUCCAGGUGUUGUCGGAGCACCAUUGA